UAUUUAAGUUUCAUUAUUGUAAUAAAGAAUUUUUCUAACACAAUGCCUGUUGUAACGAAAGGUAUUUUCAUUGUUGCUGCAAAGCGCACCCCAUUUGGUACAAUGGGUGGUGUUUUCACUAAUAAAAGUGCAACUGAUUUGUCAGUUAUUGCUGCAACAUCUGCUUUACAAUCUGCAGGAUUGAAACCUGAAAAAGUAGAUAGUGUUGUUUUUGGUCAUGUAUUAGCUGUGUCAUCCAGUGAUGGAGGUUUGUUGGCACGACAUGUAGCAUUAAAGUCUGGAAUUCCUGUGGAGAAGCCAUCUUUUGCAGUUAAUAGGCUGUGUGGUUCUGGAUUUCAGUCAAUAGUCAGUGGAGCGCAGAGCAUUCUAACAGGGGAAUCUAAAGUGGUUUUAACAGGCGGUGCAGAAAAUAUGAGUCAAACUCCAUUUGUUGUAAGGAAUGUUCGUUUUGGUACAGGUUUGGGGCAAAAGUAUGAGUUUGAAGAUGCCUUGUGGCUUGGACUAUUAGAUACUUAUUGCAACUUACCCAUGGGAAUGACUGCAGAAAAGCUUGGAGCCCAGUAUGGUUUAAAAAGAGAAGAUGUAGAUGAAUUUGCUCUAAGAAGUCAACAACUGUGGAAACUUGCCAAUGAUGCUGGUCGAUUCAAAGAAGAAAUAACACCUGUAACAAUCAAGGUGAAAAAACAAGAUGUUAUCGUCGACACGGAUGAACACCCGCGUCCUCAAACGACCUCUCAAAGUUUAGCUAAGUUACCUCCUGUCUUUAAGAAGGAUGGUCUGGUUACAGCAGGUUCCGCAUCAGGUAUUUGUGAUGGCGCGGGAGCUCUUGUCUUAGCUAGCGAAGAGGCCGUUAAAGCGGAAGGACUUGCACCAUUGGCACGCUUAUUGGGCUACACGGUAGUAGGUGUAGAUCCCAGUAUUAUGGGAAUUGGCCCGGCUCCAGCUAUUAAAGAGCUUCUUAAGAUCACAAACAAAAAUCUCGAUGAUAUAGAACUUGUUGAGAUUAACGAAGCUUUUGGAGCUCAAACAUUAGCCUGUGCUAAAGACUUAAACUUAGAUAUUAAUAAAUUAAAUGUGAAUGGUGGAGCUAUUGCUCUUGGACAUCCAUUAGCUGCAUCUGGUAGCAGAAUUACAGCACACUUGAUACAUGAACUCAGGAGGAGAAAGAAUGGCAAAUUAGGAAUUGGCUCUGCUUGUAUUGGCGGAGGUCAAGGAAUAGCUGUAAUGGUGGAAGCUCUUUGAUAAUAUGUGAUCAUAAAUCACAAUAAAAGAUAUCAAUUGUACUAUUAAAAUAUUCA